CCUCCCCACACUGCCUCCUCCAGCACCACCUCCUGUUCCCUGGCUUGAGCCAAGUCUUCUAGCAGGUUCCAGAUGUCCGGUUCCAGAUGCCUGGUCUCAGAGAGGGGGAACUCUCUCUGCAGAAGCCCUCCCUCCACAAGCUGUCCAGGCAAGAUGUGCUGGUUGCUUCUCUGGGGAGUCCUUCAGGCUUGCCCUACACAAGGCUCCGUGCUCUUGGCCCAGCAGCUACCCCAGCAUCUGACAUCCCCUGGGUACCCGAAGCCAUAUCUUAAAGGCCAAGAGACCAGCACUGACAUUGAAGCUCCAGAAGGCUUUUCUGUGAGGCUGGUCUUUCAGGACUUCGACCUAGAGCCGUCUCCAGCCUGUGAAGGGGACUCUGUCACCAUCUCAGGCAGUGGGAUGGAUCCAACCCGGCUCUGUGGUAAACUGGGCUCCCCUCUGGGCAGCCUCCCUGGUCACUGGGAGUUUGUGUCUUCAGGGAGGAAUUUACGGCUGACCUUCUGGACACACUCUUCCUCCAAAGACAAGACUGUCCCUCUUCACAAGGGCUUCCUGGCCCUCUACCAAGCUGUGGCUGUAAGCUGUAGUCAGCCUAUCGGCCAGGCCAGUGGGGACUCUGAGGCCAUCAUCACACCUGGACCCAACCCCUCCCAGAUCCAGAAUCACUGCCAGGAGCCCUAUUAUCAGGCAGUACCAGCCGAGUCACUCAGCUGCCCUGCCAAGGGGACCUGGAAGGACAGACAGGAUAGGAAGGAACUUCCUCCUUGUGUACCUGUCUGUGGACGGCCAGUCACCCCCAUUGCCCAGAACCCGAAGACCCAUGGUUCUUCCAGAGCUAAGUUGGGCAACUUCCCCUGGCAAGCCUUCACCAGUGUCCACGGUCGUGGGGGAGGAGCCCUAUUGGGCGACAGAUGGAUCCUCACUGCUGCCCACACCAUCUACCCCAAGGAUAGCAUCCACCUCAGGAGGAACCAGAGUGUGGAAGUGUUCCUGGGCCACACAGACAUAGAAGAGAUGCUGAAACUGGGGAACUACCCUGUCCGCCGGGUCAUCGUGCACCCAGACUACCACCAGAAUGAAUCCCACAGUUUCAACGGGGACAUCGCCCUCCUGGAGCUCCAGCAAAGUGUCCCUCUUGGCCCCAAUCUCCUCCCAGUCUGUCUGCCCAACAAUGAGACUCUCUACCUCAGUGGCCUGUGGGGCUAUGUCAGCGGGUUUGGUGUGGACAUGGGCUGGCUAACAACACAGUUGAAAUACUCAAGGCUGCCCAUAGCUCCCCGGGAGGCCUGUGAGGCCUGGCUUCAAGAGAGGCAGCGGACAGAGGUCUUUUCUGACAACAUGUUCUGUGUUGGGGACAAGAUGCAGAUGAAUAGUGUCUGCCAGGGGGACAGUGGUAGCGUCUAUGUGGUGUGGGAUGAUCAUGCCCAUCACUGGGUGGCCACGGGCAUCGUAUCCUGGGGCAUCGGGUGUGGCAAGGGGUAUGGCUUCUACACCAAAGUACUCAACUACGUGGACUGGAUCAAGGGAGUGAUGGAUGGCAAGGACUGAUCCCUGGGGCACUUGAACAGUGGCCCACAAGCGCCAUGGAGGCUCUGGUCAAGAGAGGGCAGGAAACCCCUACUUACAUCACUGAUGGAGGAAGCCACUGUGUGAGAGAAAUCCUCCUCCCCUCAACCUACGCCAUCCCAAAGAGGAAGCAGCAGCCCAUGUCCCCUUUCUCCUCACACUGUACUUCCCCUGUGUGUGCACCGGGGAAGCCCUGUGCAUCUUGGCAACUUCCACCUUGAGGUCUUUUGAAACCUCCUCCACAUAUGUAGACGCACCCAUGAAGCAGUCACUGUCUCACCCCUAUUCAGACGGAGUGUGGAGGAAGGGGUCUUAAUUACAUUUUGUUUCUGAAAUAUUCCAAAGGCUUUUUAAUUGACCUUCAGAUAGUCAAGCAAUUAGCUUUGCCACUUAACCACACUCCUAUAUGCAAUUAUAUUAAUAGCUCCCUUUUUAUUUUAACUUUUCUAUACACCAGGUGCUCCACAUGUCAUUUCACUUAAUCCUCACUGGUGUUGGCAAAGGGUGUGUUACGAUCCAUGUCUUACACACGAGGACACAAGUUCAGGGAUAGGCAGUGACUUGUGCGAGUCCCACAGCUGCCACAUGACUGCAGAGACCAUAUUCCUCCCAAUAUGCCUGGACACCUUUCACUUGUCCUCAUGACCUAUGACAAUGCCCACUUCCCCUUCUGGGUCCCCACAGCCUUACAGAGUGUCCCUCCCCAGGGAGUCUUGCCUCUGUGACUAUAGAACCACCUGCUCACUUUCCUGCCUGGCCCCAUUCCCUGCACACACCUAAGUGAGCCAGCAGACUCUCCAGUUGAUGACCCCAUCAUGGAGGGCACUACUGCUACUAUGAGAAGACCAACUCUUUAGUAAAGAUUUGGGUGAUUUUCAGUGAAAUAAAAUACAACUAUUCAGUGGAAAUAGAAAAUGAGUAUCAUAAAACAGAAAAGAGAGCAAAUGUGUUAACAUUGAGAAGCAAGUUGCUGAAUGGUUAGAGGCUAAAUUUAUCUUUGCAAAAUAGCAGCAAUCUAAGCUGGUAGCAAUGAUGCACGUCUGUAGUACUAGCUCCCAGGAGCCAGGAUGAUU